AUGCACGCCUCCACCGUCGCUCUUGCCCUCUUCGCCGCCACUCAGGUCCUCGCCGCCCCGACGCCGACCAACAGCAACAACAACGCGCGGUCCCUCUCAGCUAUUGAGAACUUCUUCUCCAACCUCAAGCGCGACGAGAACAUCAACGCUCGCUCGCUCUCCGCCAUUGAGGGCCUCGUGGACGAUAUCUUCAACAAGCGCUCUCUUUCCGCGAUCGAGAACUUCUUCUCUAACUUGAAGCGCGAGGAGCUCGAUGCCCGCUCGCUUUCCGCGAUCGGCGACGCUAUCGGCAACUUCGCUGAGGACGUGCUCGGUGACCACACGGCGAAGCGCUCGCUCAAGGCGGUCGGCGCCGCUGUAGCUGGCGGUGUUGCCUCGGGCGUCGCCGGUGCUGUAGGCAACGCAGUCUUGAACAACAAGCGCUCUGAGUCUGGUCUCAUGGUCGACACGGACACCGGCGUCCUGUACAUGGACGUUCCCGAUGCCAAUGAUGGUCGCUCACUGAAGGCUGUUGGUGCUGCUGUCGCCGGCGGUGUCGCCGCUGGCGCUGCAGGUGCCAUCGGUAAUGCUGUCCUUAACAACAAGCGUUCAGAUGUCAUGGUCGACACCGACACCGGCAUCAUCUAUAUGGACGUUCCCGACACCAAUGGUGCGCGCUCUCUCAAGGCCGUUGGCGCCGCUGUUGCUGGCGGUGUGGCCGCAGGUGCCGCUGGCGCCAUCGGCAACGCUGUCCUGAACAACAAGCGCUCCGAUGUCAUGGUCGACACCGACACCGGUAUCAUCUACAUGGAUGUGCCUGACGCCAACGGCGCUCGCUCGCUGAAGGCUGUGGGAACCGCUGUGGCCGGUGGCGUGGCCGCCGGUGCCGUCGGAGCCAUCGCCAACAACGUGCUUGGCAACCGCGAUGUCAACGACAUUGAGGCUCGCUCCCUGAAAGCUGUUGGCACGGCCGUCGCGGGCGGUGUUGCAGCUGGUGUUGCAGGCGCGGUGGGCAACGCCGUCCUCAACGACAAGCGCGCUGAGUCUGGUCUGAUGGUGGAUACCGACACCGGCGUCCUGUACAUGGACGUCCCGGAUGCCAGCGAAGGCCGCUCGCUGAAGGCUGUUGGUGCUGCCGUUGCAGGUGGUGUUGCGGCCGGCGCCGCUGGUGCGAUCGGCAAUGCCGUACUCAACAACAAGCGCUCUGAAUCUGGCUUGAUGGUUGAUACCGAGACCGGUGUCCUCUACAUGGAUGUCCCAGACGCGAACGAGGGUCGCUCGCUCAAGGCGGUCGGCACGGCCGUUGCCGGUGGCGUUGCUGCUGGCGCGGUCGGUGCUAUCGCCAACGACGUCCUCGGUAACAGGGACAUUCAGGACCUGGACGAGGCCCGCUCUCUCAAGGCAGUCGGUGCCGCCGUCGCAGGUGGCGUUGCAGCCGGCGCUGCUGGGGCCAUCGGAAAUGCGGUGCUCAACAACAAGCGCGCCGACUCCGGCCUCAUGGUUGACACCGACACCGGCAUCCUCUACAUGGAUGUCCCCGACGCGAACGGCGCUCGCUCCCUCAAGGCUGUUGGCACUGCCGUAGCAGGAGGCAUUGCGACUGGUGUCGCUAGCGCCGCCGCUGGCAGCAUCCUCAGCCGCGACGUCUCCGAGCUCGCUGACAUGAUGGCGAAGCGUUCUAUUGACGAUCUCGAGUGA